UAAAGGGGAGUGACUCGUUCACGCGUGAGAGCAGUCUGGCUGUUAAAUGAGACGGAUUCGAACAAGCCUAAACUCAGUCGUGCCACGCGUAUCUUUACUGUGCACUGUGCACUCUGAGCAAUACAUCAACGCACAAACACACGAAAAGAAACAACCUGCCGUUGCAGAGAAGUCCCAAAGUCUGCCACCGAAGUGCGUGGACUACGUUCUUGAUGCUGAAGAUUCUGUGACACAUCAGGACAACUCAGGGAGGGAAGAAAAAUCGCACGAGGAUAAAAAGAAAACUAACUGAUAUAUAUUUUGAACCCUGGAUUUAAUAAAUGCGCACAUCAACUAUUUUCACUAAUAUAUGAAUUAUAUUCCGCUUUCGAAUUUUUAUUUUUCUUCAACUGAUUUUUUUAAAACAUAAAAAGAACCAAAGUGUCAGGGACGCAGGAUAUGGGUACCUUGGCGUUAAUUGUACUACUCGGAGCGCUGGUGGGGGCUCUGGGGGCCAAGGAGCCCUGCGGCUCAGGGGAGUACACAACCAGCGGGGAGUGCUGUCGGCAGUGCCAGCCUGGGGAGGGCGUGGUGGAGAAGUGCGGAGCCACCCAAACAGUCUGUGCGCAAUGCCGGGACAGUGAGACCUUCUCCGACAUCUACAGCCACACGGAGUCCUGCCAGCCCUGCACGCAGUGCAUUGGCAUGUUGCGCAUGCAGACUCCCUGCACCGACAGCAACGAUGCUAUUUGCAUGUGCGACUAUGGCUACUUCAUGAACAGGGCGACUGGGAGUUGCGAAGAGUGCACCUUGUGCCCGGAGGGUGAGGGCAUGGUGGUGCGUUGUGAGCAUGAUCGUGACACCAUCUGCGAGGAUUGCCCAGAGGGAACCUACUCGGACCAGGAGAGCUCAUUGGACCCCUGCCUCCCGUGUGGCACCUGCGAAGAUAGCCUGGAGAUCGAGCUGCAACAGUGCACCUCCAUCAGUGACACAGUCUGCAAAGAAUUAAACCCCCGCUUUGCUUCAGUGUCACCGCCGCCUUCACUGAGUCCCUCACCGGCUGCCUUCACAGACGCUCUCCUGCCCGUGUCCCCCACUGAGGGCGGAGCCCCCACCACCAAAUCCAGCUUCCCAGAGUUCAUUGGUCAUGGGCUCAAUGAGAAGCUCAUACCCAUCUACUGCUCCAUCCUGGCUGCUGUGGUCCUGGGUGUCCUGGCCUUCAUCAUUUUCAAGAGGUGGAACAGUUACAAGCAGAACAAGCAGGGCGCCAACAACCGCACUGUGAACCAGACUCCGUCGCCGGAAGGGGAGAAGCUGCACAGCGACAGUGGCAUUUCCGUGGACACCCAAAGUCUACAGGAGCAGCAACAGCAGCAGCAGCAGCAGCAGCAGCAGACGCAGGCACAGACAGUAGUCAUGAAGGUGGACGGGGGACCCAUCCUGGCUCUACCCCCCCACAAGCGUGAAGAGGUGGAGAAGCUGCUGAACAGGGGCUGCGGAAGCGAGGAGGCCGGUGACGAGGAGGAGACGGACUGGUGCAACCUGGCGGGGCUGCUGGGCUACGAGGAGGAGCACAUCGCCUCCUUCCGGCAGGAGGAGCAUCCAAUCCGGGCGCUGCUUUCCGACUGGGCCAGCAAAGACUGCGCCAGUGUGGACGCUCUCUGCACGGCCCUGCGCAAGAUCAACCGGGACGACGUCGCCCAGAGCCUGGCGCUCAGCCCCAGCGCCGAACCCACCGCCACUUCCGCCGUGUGAAGACCCGGUCAGGCUCUCCUCCUGCCCACUACCGCCGUAUCUGGUGCGGGAUCCUGCGUGACGGAGAAGGAGGACGCUUAUCGGUAGGGGAGGCCGCCUUGCGAAAGGUGCCGCCAAAGACAGAAGUCUAGUUGGUCGGAUUUUUUCUUUCAAAGGGAACAGGUUUCUAAUGAAGGAUUGAGGAGAAAAAAAACCAUUCCCUCUCUUUCCUCCCAGCCCCCACCCUAGAGGAAGGAGUUCAUGUCCACAUUCUCCACACUGACUCCCACUCCUUUUGAUUGCCUGCGGUCCUCAGUUCAUUAUUCAGUGUAACUAUGCCCAGCACCCCCCACUCGUCCCCCAUCCUGCCAGUCCCCCCCCCCCCCCACCACCACCAUCACUAUUGCUCCUUCAGAUUUAUGUACCCAUGUGACCCAUUGUCAGUAUUCUCCUCUUAGUCCCUUUCCCUUUUACAAAGUUAAACAGAGAGACCAGAAGCUGUAUCUCCUCAAGGUUUACUAUAGGCUACAUCUAAACUAUUGCCUCAGCCAGAGCUAUAAUAGUGCUUCACUCUGUAUUUCCUCCAAUAGGAAUACUGUGCUCAGUCCCUUCUGAAACCACCGCUGGUUGUGUGCCUCUCUUUCACUGUCUGUCACACUUUUCCAAGAAAACCGCCUCACUGUGGGAAAAGAGCCACACAUUUGCUUUAUGCAGUGAAAAUCCAAGUGUGUGUUCCCUCUUUCUUUCCAUUUCUUUCUUCAUUCUCUUCUUUUCUCUCUCUGUCAUGUUUCUCCUAUCUUUGGUUCCCCGAUUUUGCUCACAAUCUUUAUUCUUCAGAGGAAAACUGGGGAACCCAUUCUGUCCUCUUUUUACUCUGAACUGUCCUUAGUGCCUCCCUUUUGAAGUAAACCACAAAGACCUAUAUUAACCCAUUGUAUAUUCUGUAAAAUAAAGUAUACCGAUGUUUGUGAUUAUAUACUAGAGUUCUAUGGCUUGUGCCUGAUUUUGCUGGCUUACAGCAGCUUCCCACUCAGAUUAAAGACCCAGUGACCUGCCAGACAUGAAUAACUAAGAGAGCCGGCAUGCAAAGGUUGAAGUUAGCACACACUUUGGUUGGGGUGUAACCACUUCUUCAGAAACAACAGCACCACAAAACAAUGCCUGUCAACUCCUUUUCUCCAACCUCACAUAUGGACAGGGAUUAUAUAAUUUAGAGAAUAGUUUGCACAUUUUCAAGUCAUUAUCAAGCUUAUUAUAUCAUUAAAAUUUCUCCUUUUUGGUUUUACUUUCAUUUUAUCUUUUAUGUUUACACUGGAGUGGAGCUGCGUAUAAUGAAUAUGCAAUUCGUGGAACUACAUAACACACUUUCACACAACCCUGUUGUCUGAGUAGGUUGGCUGGAAGGGGAGAAGGUUUUCACCAAGCGGCUGAAAGUGGAAAUGUGACACUGGCUGCUGCUCUCUGAGAUUCAUCUGCAUGACACAAGGCAUUGGUUCCAGGGUCCUUCACUCUGAACCCGAAAGGGAAGGACAGGGAAGGAAACCUUGAACCCCUCCAGACACGGCGCUCAGACGCACAUUACACUCGGCACUCACUCCCAGCCGCAAAGCGUGGCUGAUGUAAAAUAACCAUGCUGAUGGGAAACGAAUGUAAAGAGAAAGCAUGGACAUUGCCAAAAGGUAACAGAUAUGACUCUGCAAGUAUACCUGCUAUUACCUAGGGCUCCACUCCUUAACCAUUACUCUAAUGUGUGCCAGGUGCAGCGUGGUUAUAAAUAUGGAGCGCAUUACCGGAACAUUCUUAGACAGAUAUUAAGCAUGACUGGGUUUAUUUUGAAGUGUUGUAAGCUUAAUGCGGAACUAAGUAGAUCUGCUAUAUUCUGUGAGCAGGGACUCAUCGGGGGCACCUGAAUGAAACUGGAAACGUGUAAUCUGUUUCUCAGAAGGUAUCCUACAGGUGUCACAUUAUUUACAACAUGUUGUACCGUGGCCUGUCUUCUCGCUGUAGCUUUGUGCUGCCUCCUUAGCAAAGGACCAGACCACUUGCUUGUGAAGUAUACUGAUCCACAUAAUCACAUGUCAAAUGUAACAUAUACAGUAAUAUAGGUAUUCAAACAUAUUAUGCUGCAGAAUCAGGUCAAAAAUUCAGGAGUAUGUUCUCAGGGUUCCUCAUACGUGGCUUGACAUUUAUAUUGUUUAUUGCUUCGUUGUUUUGUAAAUAAAAUUAUUGACAAUUGGUAUUACAAACAGCAAGAUGGGGGGAUUAUUACAGGAUGGAUAAGUGUGUUGUUGGGAAAACCCCUUUCUGCUGGAAAUGUCUGAAUUUCAUAUACUGUGAACUAAAGACAACCAGCCCAGGGAUGUUAUAUCUGAAAAGAGGUCUGCAUAAAAGCAUAUGGAGUUUAAAUAUUAAUGUUACUCAAUGUAUGGAAUAAACACCUUAAAAGGAGAGGAGCUUAGCUAUAGGAUGCUGCUGACAGCUUGUUCGAGUAAAACCAUUUUUGUCUCCACAGCAUUGAGUUUGAACCCAGCUAUACUGCCACACACAGUGAUUUCUGUCAAAUUCAGCUUGAAAAGUAGGUAGUUGGCAGAAUUUGAGAAUGGACCGUGAGUCUGGAGCAGAAGAUCUUCUGAGAGGGUAAAGCUCUCACUGUGCUUCAGCAAAUCAGCGCUAGUGCCACCAGCAGGAAUAGAGUAUCACUGUAUGCAAACUGUAACAAUCUGAUUCCUACAGUCUAGUAUGGAUUUAAAAUUCAAAAUGUUUGAGGGAGAGAGACAAUUUUGUGAUCACUCUAUGUGAAUAAGAUGGUUAGCAGUUUGGAUACAAUAUUGAGUUAAUUCAAUCUUCAAUGGAAAGACUAUGUUCACUAUAAAAUCAGCAAGGGUGGUUCGGUAGACAAUAGACAUUCCAGUGCAGACAAAAGCAAGAUUUCAGUCCUGAUUAAGUUUACAUGCCACUGACUACAUGGAACGUUAACAAGACAACCCACCUCCAAACCACGAUCUCACAUUGCCAUCUUAAACUAUAAUCUACAAGAACACAACUCUGGGCAGUUGCACAGAAUCAAGAGACCUUGACUGUGAGCAUUACUAGUGUUACUAACAAACAAGCUGUAAAAUUUAUGACUGUUGUUUUUAAAAAUUGUCCCUUUCUCUGGUCCUCACAAUAAAAGGGGUCUAGAACUGUUCACAAAAUGGACUGAAAUCAGCAGCAAGUAUGUUUUUACAUGGCUUUUCUACUCUGCAGUAUUAGGGGAUCAUUUCAGUGUGAAUUAGAUUGCCAUGUUGUCAUUAUCUGCCACCUAUUUUCUACGGUGCUCAUUUUAUUGGCAGCCAAGAGAUGAAGGCCGGUCUGGCCAAUUCAGAAACCCGUUAGCUUAUACACCACCGUACUUAGUGCACGUGACCCAAAAGCCAUCAGAAUAUCCCACAGACGCUCUGUUUCUCGCAUAUUCAUUGGACAGCAGAUGAUAAACAGAUACAGAUACAAUUCUUUAUCUCUUUUUAGAUAAUUUAAUUAUUUUUCAAUUUGUUCAUUAAUUAUGCUACACAAGAGUUUUUAGUUCUGGUCCAGUGAUAAAAAUGUAUAAACAUGCAAUUACUACAUGUCUGAAUAUGUGUAUAUACAUAUAGUACCGCUAAAUGAAGGUGAAUUUCUCCAUUGUGUAUAUGUUAUAAAAUGUUUUUGGAUUUUGUUUUUUAUCGUAACACUAAAUAGUAUUAUCAUUUAAUAAAUUGUGUACUUUUACAGGACUUGUUUGUAGCACUUAUGUGUAAAUAUGUAAUAUGCAUCACAAGUGCCUGGGAAUCCCAUCACAGGUGUUCUUUGAUGUUUGUGUUUAUGUUUUUUUAAUUUUUUUUUUUUUCAGAAGAUUUCAAAUUGCCUGUGCUGUGGUCACAGUCAUCAUAGCAAUGUAAAAUGUCAGGCUCAAAAUGGACCAGUCCCAUUCCCCACAUCUCAGGAGCCAAGGAUAACGGUGACACAAAUACAUUCCACAUCCAUGCUCCCACAUCAAGAGUUCACUCCUUUAAAGUUGGCCCAAUGCUGAUAGACUCAGAGGGAUGACUGGACACCUUAUAUGAUUUCUUUCAAAAUACAGUUUUGUCAAAAGAAAAAAAGCAUUUUUGUUUUGUAUUGGUCUCUGCAUAUUCUCUGAAUAUGUCUAUAACAUCUGAGAUCUCUCUGCAUUCUUGUCUUUUGAACUGUGUUGACUAAACAGAUUCCAAGAACUUGACUGAACUGAGAAUUAGAAAAUGAUUUUGAUAAUGUACUUAUUGCAUUAUACCAAAAAGAAACAUGUUUGGCCACAAUAUGACUACAGAUUGACUACAAUGCAAUCCUUUCAUUUUGGAAUUAAUUCUGAAUUUAAGCUUUUUAAAAAACUACUGAUUUCUUACAUCAACACAUAUAAAAGGCUGAAGAUUACAGCAGUUAGAUUGGAUCUACAUCAAAAUUUGCCACCACAGUAUUCAUACUUAAAAUACAGCUGCUGAGAAGACUGCACUGGGAUUAAUUGACCCACAGUAAAAGACACACAUAUGUAAAUUUGUAAUAUUUGAUGCUGCAAUGAGUAGGCAGGAAAUCAAGGCACUAUUUUGUCAUCGCAUAGUGUAUAAUUAGUAUACAGUUAUUCCGAGUUUUUACAUAUCAGAUGACAGUGUUGGAAGGAGAAGGACUAAAGAGCUGUUUGGGUUUGGGUCUAUGAUAAGAAAAGGUGUCACUGUGGCUUUCAGAGGUUCCAGGAGUACAUUUCUAACAAUAAAAGUGCUGAAUGUUCUCUGUACUUACUAAUGCUGUACACUGUACUAUGUAAAUGUGAACAUACUAGAAUUCUUACAACAGAUACAUGCUAAAAACUAUUACGAUGGAUAAAUGAAUAAACUAAUAAAAAUAAAAAAUGCAUACAUAUACAGUGGAUGUGGUUUCAAUAAAAACAAAUUUUUUGAAGCUGCA